GGAAAUUUUUAGUAAAGCCAGCAGCCUGCAAUGGGGCUGCUACUGCUGUGGCUAACCAAACAGCUCAUGCUUCUCUGAAGACGUACAGCAAGGGCUGCUGAGGCUCACGGAAGACAGCCCCAGAGUCUAAACUUAGAAAUUUUUCUUUUCAAUCAGCAGUCAUCCUUACUUUCCCUCAAGAUGACAAACAGUUCGUUCUUCUGCCCAGUUUAUAAAGAUCUAGAGCCAUUCACGUAUUUUUUUUAUUUAGUUUUCCUUGUUGGAAUUAUCGGAAGUUGUUUUGCAACCUGGGCUUUUCUACAGAAGAAUACUAAACACAGGUGUGUGAGCAUCUACUUAAUUAAUUUGCUUACAGCCGAUUUCCUGCUUACUCUGGCAUUACCUGUGAAAAUUGUUGUUGAUUUGGGUGUCGCACCUUGGAAGCUGAAGAUAUUCCACUGCCAAGUAACAGCCUGCCUCAUCUAUAUCAAUAUGUACUUAUCAAUUAUCUUCUUGGCAUUUGUCAGCAUUGAUCGCUGUCUUCAGUUGAUACACAGCUGCAAGAUCUACCGAAUACAAGAACCUGGAUUUGCCAAAAUGAUAUCAACCGUUGUGUGGCUAAUGGUCCUUCUCAUAAUGGUGCCAAAUAUGAUGAUUCCCAUCAAAGACAUCAAGGAAAAGUCAAAUGUGGGUUGUAUGGAGUUUAAAAACGAAUUUGGAAGAAACUGGCAUUUGCUAACCAAUUUCAUAUGUGUAGCAAUAUUUUUAAAUUUCUCAGCCAUCAUUUUAAUAUCCAACUGCCUUGUAAUUCGACAGCUCUACACAAAUAGAGAUAAUGAAAAUUACCCAAAUGUGAAAAAGGCCCUCAUCAACAUACUUUUAGUGACCACAGGCUACAUCAUAUGCUUUGUUCCUUAUCAUAUUGUCCGCAUCCCAUAUACCCUCAGCCAGACAGAAGUCAUAACUGAUUGCUCAACCAGGAUUUCACUCUUCAAAGCCAAAGAGGCCACACUGCUUCUGGCUGUGUCAAACCUGUGCUUUGAUCCUAUCCUGUACUAUCAUCUCUCAAAAGCAUUCCGUUUAAAGGUCACUGAGACUUUUGCCUCACCUAAAGGGACCAAGGCUCAGAAAGAAAAAUUAAGAUGUGAAAAUAAUGCAUAAAAGACAGGAUUUUUUUCGUGCUACCAAUUCUGGACUUACUGGAUCAUAAAUUCAUGGUUUUGAAAGAGAAAAAACAACUCAGUACGAAAAAAUACAGGUAGUUAGCAAAUAUGUACUGGUUCACUUAGAAAUCCUGUUUCCAAACACAAGUCAAGCUUGUACUGUUAUGCUUGUUGAUACUCAUUAAC